UAAUGAAUUCGAUCGUUGUGGUCGGACUCUAUUAUGGAUUUAUGAGCACGUUCUCCAUAGGGCCCUCUUAUCUCUUCCUUCUUCGAGCUCGGAUUAUGCAAGAAGUGACCGAGAAGAAACUAUCAGCAACAGCUGGGUUUAUUACGGGACAGCUCAUCAUGUUCAUAUCGAUCUAUUAUGCGCCUUUGCAUCUAGCAUUGGGUAGACCUCAUAUAAUAACUGUCAUACCUCUACCCUAUCUUUUAUUUCAUUUCUUCGGCAAUAAUAAAAAAAACUUUUUGAAUUAUGGGGACAAGAAAAAGAAUUCAAUACGUAAAUUUAGCAUUCAAAGAAUAUUCUUUUCUAAUCUUAUUUUUCAGUUAUUUAACCCCCUUGUCUUACCAAGUUCCAUAUUAGUCAGAUUAGUAAACAUCUAUAUGUUUAGAUGCAAUAAUAAAUUGUUGUUUUUAACUAGUUUUGGAGGUUGGUUAAUUGGUCACAUUUUUUUCAUAAAAUGGAUUGAAUUUGUCUGGAUACAACAAAAUAAUGUUAUUAAAUCUAAUGAACGCAUUCGCUCUAAGAAGUCCAUUUUAUCAGAAUUUAGAACUUCUAUGGCUCAACUUUUUAGUGUUUUUUUAUUUUACGUGUUUAUACUAUUUAGACCGAACACCCUUGCCCUUUGUUAUUACAAAGAAACAUUCAAAAACUAA